GGGCGGCGGGCUGAGGGUGGUGUGUUGGCGGGUCGGCAGCUACUGGGCUGCUUCGCUAUCUUGAGAAAGCCCGUCCGCCGAGGUGGAGCGAAGCUCUCUCUCCACCGCCGCCCUUUCUGUCCUCGGAGCUCUCUUGGGAAACCACAUUUCCCUGGAGUCGGGAGCCCGAGGGGCGUGCUCGGCCCUCAUUUUCCUGCUCCUCCUCUUCAGUCCGCGCCGCGCGCGGCUGCCGGCCGGGCCAGCACCCAGCGUGUGGAACUGCAUCCCGUAGCCCCAAUGCGGGUGCGAGAAGAGCUGAGUGGGUGCCACUGGUUGGAGCUGUGCACGUGUUCCCCGGUGGCAAGUGCGGCCACAGCACCGGGCGCUUUUAAGUUCUUUGCGCGCAAGUUGCAAGGACUGUGUGCGAGUCUGGUAUAAUUUGGCAUCCUGAGAGUCUGUCUUAGGAAGAAGGAAGUGGAAAAUACCCUUGAAAAAAAGAAAGCUAAGACAAAAAGGAAGCCAGACUUACUUUUACAUGGUCAACUGCUCACUUAUCAAUAUGGAUACUUUUCCCACUAUUUUUCCUCCUGGUGGAGACAGCGGGGUGACAAAUUCUCAAUCUGAGUUCCAAAAAAUGUUAAUUGACGAAAGGUUACGAUGUGCACAUCAUAAAACUAACUAUCAGACUCUUAAAGCUGAACACACAAGAUUGCAAGAUGAGUACAUAAAGUCACGACAUGAGCUAAAGCGCCUGUUAAAUGAAAAGCAGACUGACCAGGAAAAAUUUCAGCUGCUGCUUGAAGAACUAAGAGGGGAAUUAGUAGAGAAAACUAAAGACUUAGAAGAAAUGAAACUGCAGGUAUUAACUCCACAAAAGUUGGAAUUGUUACAAGCCCAAAUACAACAAGAAUUAGAAACUCCAAUGAGAGAACGUUUUAGGAAUCUGGAUGAAGAAGUGGAAAAGUAUAGAACUGAAUAUAAUAAGCUUCGCUAUGAACAUACAUUUCUCAAAUCAGAAUUUGAACACCAGAAAGAAGAAUUUGCACGUAUUUUAGAAGAAGAAAAAAUAAAAUAUGAAUCAGAGAUUGCAAGCCUGGAGAAAGAUAAAGAAGAACUACUUAAUCAACUGCUUAAGGUUGAUCCCCCAGGAGAAAGCAAACGAACGGAGCUACUUGCUCGAGAGAAUGUCCAUUUGUGUCAGAAAUUAAAAGGUUUAGAGGCUGAAGUAGCAGAAUUAAGGGCUGAAAAAGAGAAUUCUGGUGCUCAGGUAGAAAAUGCCCAAAGAAUUCAGGUGCGGCAGUUGGCUGAGAUGCAGGCUACAGUCAGAUCCCUGGAGGCUGAAAAGCAGUCAGCUAAACUACAGGCUGAACGCUUGGAAAAAGAGCUACAAUCAAGCAGUGAACAAAAUACUGUUCUAAUCAGUAAAUUGCAUAAAGCUGAGCGGGAAAUAAAUACGUUGACCAGUAAAGUAGAAGAACUUAAACAUUCAAACAAACUAGAAAUAACAGACAUCAAACUGGAGGCAGCAAGAGCUAAGAGUGAGCUAGAAAGAGAAAGGAAUAAGAUUCAGAGUGAACUGGAUGGAUUACAGUCAGACAAUGAAAUUCUCAAGUCGGCUGUUGAACACCACAAAGCUCUCCUAGUAGGAAAGGAUCGUGAAUUAAUACGUAAAGUACAAGCUGCCAAGGAAGAAGGUUAUCAAAAACUUGUGGUAUUACAAGAUGAAAAGAUAGAACUUGAGAACAGAUUAGCGGAUUUAGAGAAAAUGAAAGUGGAACAUGAUGUCUGGAGGCAAUCUGAAAAGGAUCAGUGUGAAGAGAAAUUGCGGGCUUCACAGAUGGCAGAAGAGUUGGCCAGAAAGGAACUUCAGAGUAUUAGGUUAUAUAUGCAUGUAUAUAUUUUAAACUUCAUUUUGAAAUAAUUUCAGAGGUAACAAAACAUUGUAAAAUUCCCACAUGGUCUUCACCGAGAUCUUUAUAAAGAUUGACAUCUUACAUGACCAUAUUACAAAGUCAAAGCUAAGAUACUAACAUUAAUAUAAUCAGGAAAUAAAUAUUAGUGUUAUCAAACCUAUAGACUUUAUUCAAAUUUUACCAAUUGUCCUACUGAUACCGUUUUUCUGGUCCAAGAUCCAGUCCAGAAUCAUACAUUGCCUUUCCUUGAAGAGUGCUGACCAGUUAUUUUUGUAGCUUGUCCCUCAAUUUGAGUUUGUCUUAAAUUCUUUAUGAUUAAAUUCAGGUUGUAUAUUUUUAGCAAAAAUAAUACCAGAGUCAAAGUCAUGUGUCCUCAGUGCAUUAUAUUAGGAGGUAUAUUAUUUGUCCCCUUACUGGUGAUGUUCACUUUGAUCAUUUGGUUAAGGUGGUGUUGGCCAGAUUUUUCCAGUAUAAAAUGACUUUUUUUCUCUUUGUGAUAUAUAAUUAUCUUAUGGGGAAAUACUUUGAGACUAUGUAAAUUUUCUCAUCAUACUUUCUCAUCAUACAUUCUUCCACUACUCUUAGCACCCAGUGGCCAAAUCUGAGCAAAGAAAUAAGUUGUAAU